AUGGCGUUGCCGCUACCGAUAAUAGAUGACCGCGAUGCGCAGAUCAGCUGGAGCGAACACUGGUGGCAGGCCGGGGUUUCACCAGAAUACGACGGCACAUCGACUGGGUCCAACCGCACCGGAGACACCGUAACCUUCACAUUCACAGGCACCUGGGUAUCCGUUUAUGGCAUGGUAGGACGCAACAGCUACGCCGGGCUCCCGACGUCGUCCUACGCUAUCGACGGCGGGAGGCCGACCGUGUUUGAGCCGCUUGCCAUGGAGGACAGUGUGUAUCGGUAUCAGAUGUUCUCGUCUGACAUACUGGAUGACGGAGUGCAUACGCUGAUCAUCAACAAUAUCACCACGGACUGCACGGUUCCCGGGACAAAUGGCACGAUUUGCUUGAUAUGGCUGGACUUUAUAGAGUACAUGCCAUCGUCAACCGAGCUGCUGUCAAAUCAGUCGUCUCCUUCAAGCCCAACUUCGUCUCCCUCUCCAACUACACUUCAUUCCACUUUUACAUCAUCGUCGAACCACACGUCCGCAAGAACAAUAGCAGGCAGCGCCAUAGGCGGCUUUGUAGCGCUAUCUCUACUGGCCGCGUCAGCCCUCCUUAUCCGCUACUACCGCAUGAAAAUACGCAUGAAACAAGACAUGAUAGACUCGCUGAUUACAGCACGUCCGUAUCAGCAAAUUAUCCAGGAACCCCAGGUAAGGAGUGAGUAUUCCUGGAUGAGGGACAACGAGCCCCGUGUGACAACUGAGGAGCCUCGGGUGAGCGCGAGCGCGCCUCCGCCGUAUGGGGAGGGGAUGUAA